AUGCUUAUAAAGCUGUGGGAGGACCACCUGGACGCUUUACGAGGCCACAAGCACAACGGCGGGGUGUACGACAAGAUUGCCGAAAGCCUCAGCAGCAUGGGCCUUCCCCGCACGCGGGCACAAGUCCACAGCAAAAUAGAUAACUUGACUCAGACAUACAGAAAACAUGAACGAGACCUGACAACUGGCUCUUCGCCACCGACGUGGCCGUACUUCAAAGAAAUUAAAAGAUUUAUUGGUUGUUUACCCAUAAACGACUCAUCGCUCAUGGAGGAGAGCUGCUGCUACAGCAACAGUGACACUGUUGAAAAGCUGAUCUCUGACAUGGAGGGCGGUCUCAAUUCAGACAUGACCGACAGUGAAGGCACAUCGGUGUCAGGAACGCCGGCAGAAGAGCCACCACCACCUUCACUCACCGUGCAGUCUGCUCUGAGCCCCGAAGCGAGCACAGCAGCGCGCGUAACGUGGAAGCGACGGCGGACCAUGACGACAGCGACUGAAAUUCAAGGUGCCAUACUUGCUGAGCAGAGAAUGCUGCGAGAGCAACUUGAACGGGCGCAAGAAACUGAAUUCGAGCUGCGAAGCAAACACCUGCCGCUGCAAGAAAAGCUCAAUCGCUACUACGCACUGGUUGGGGCAGUUGGUUGCUAG